GGUUACAGAAACGAAGAACUUUUUACAAAUAAAACAAGUAUUUUAAGUUUUUGGUCACAGUACUCACGCGUUUGAAAUUAAGAAAUAGAGAGUGAGAAAGAUUUAUUAUAUGCUACUGCCUUUUCAUGAUGAUCAUAUCAGUUUUAUUUUUGUCCCAAGACGAAGAGAAUCUUUUUAAAACCAGUAAAGACCAAAGUUUUUUUUUUUUAAUAUCCCUAGCUUGUCUCCUUGAAAGACCUUGAUGCAUUUCUAACGUUACAGAAGCUGGAGUGUGUGAGCUGACGAAAUAAGAUCAUGAAGUAUUUUUCUAUCAUUGUUUUGGUCACAAUUGGCCUGAAUUUGGUUCAUGCAGAAGAGGAGGGAUCGUCUUCCGAGCGGAACUAUGACACCUCUACAUUUCAAGAAGAAAUAGGCAAAAAGGAUCAUUUUGUCAAGUUUUUUGCCCCGUGGUGUGGACAUUGCAGGAAGUUAGCUCCGGUCUGGACUCAAUUGAGUGAAAAAUACAACACUGCUGAAGAUAGCAUUGUAACUAUUGCUAAGGUUGACUGCACAGUGGAGACUUCUCUCUGCUCUGACCAUGGCGUUACCGGAUAUCCUACUCUCAAGCUUUACAAGAAAGAUAAAGAACCAUCGAAGUACAAGGGAAAGAGAGACCUUGCCACAUUGGAGAAAUACAUAGAGGAUGAGCUAAACCCACAGGAACCUGGUGUUCCGCAGCCUCCUGAAGCCAAGAAUGGCCUCUAUGAACUCACAGUAGCUACCUUCAAGGAUCAUGUCAGCAAAGGACAUCACUUUAUCAAGUUUUAUGCCCCUUGGUGCGGCCACUGCAAGCGACUUGCCCCAACGUGGGAGCAACUUGCCCAAGGAUUCCAGCAUAGCGACUUUGUCAAGAUUGCAAAGGUUGAUUGUACAGCACACAGAUCAGUAUGUGAACAGCAUGGUGUCAAGGGUUACCCAACUCUCAAGUUCUUUAAGGAUGGAGAGGCAAUUGAUUCUUAUAAGGGUGGUCGUGACCAUGUAGCCUUGAAGGAGUAUGUGAGUAAGAUGACGAAGACUCCGACUCAAGAACGUACGGCACCUCUUCCUGGCUCUGAGGAUGCCAUCAAACCAGUACCCGUCAAAGAACAACCUCCAGAAGAACAGCCAGCUGUUGAAUCUAAGGUGGCAGUUUUGUCAACAAACAAUUUCCUAACCCAGACAGCAAAAGGAACAUCAUUUGUAAAGUUUUAUGCCCCAUGGUGCCCACACUGCGAGAAGCUUUCACCAAUAUGGGAUCAACUAGCUGAGAAGUUUGACAGCAGAAAAGACGUUACUAUUGCAAAGGUGGAUUGUACAAGGGAGACGGAAAAGCCUCUUUGUCAAAAACAUGAUAUCCGAGGAUACCCAACGCUCCUUCUAUUCAAAGAUGGUGAAUUCGUUGAGAAACAUUCCGGUACCAGGACCCUAGAUGCACUAGAAAAUUACGUCAGAACCAAACUGCCUAAAGAAGAGCUCUAGAAAUAUUAUCAGGUCCUGGGUCUGUUUCAUAAAGACUCACAACUAUAGAAAAUUUGCAAUUAUGACAAUUACCUUGAUUCUGAUUGGCUGCUGAGCCCUGUUACCAUGGUAGUUUUCAUAGUGGACAAGUUACCAUAGUUUUAAGUCCCUAUAUGAAACGGGCCUCAUAUCUCUCUGUGUUUUUUUUUAGUUAACAGUAUUAUAAAGCACUUGGAGAUGAAGUGUCACAAGUGUUUUUUUAAUUCAACUUUAUUACUAAUAUAGUUAUCAUGGUUUUUUUUUUUUUUUUUUACAGAAUGUCUCCUUAAAUAAAGCUCAAUUAACAAAAUUUCAGGUCAGGUCCAGUUUGCGUUAGACAAAAAAGAAUGAAGUAGAUAAUGGUGCCUUGAUUUCCAACUACUUGUAUGCUGAUGUAGACAUUAAAGACAGCUGGAGAGAAUUUCAGAUAUUUCCCAUAGGUGCAAUUUCCCCAUCUCAAAUAAUCUUGAACUUGGAUGAAUUUUAUGCCAAUAGUAAGUGAAAUUUAUUUUACAUUCAAAUACCAUUGAAUUGAAUGUCAAUUUAUUUGGUAACGUUAAUAUUCAAAAUAAGAACAUCAGAAUCAUUUGCAAUCACAAAGAUGUACAUAAUAGUGAGUCACCACCUCUUAAAAAAUCAAUUUAUUCUCAUGGAUGAGGCUCUACGGCAACACACUAAAAUAUAUAAUUACAAUGAAAGGAAAUAAAUACACAGUAAGAAAUAUACAAAAGACUGGGAAUUCCAUCUGAUGAGGAAUUCCCGAAUCAGAACAUUUAUUUUGCUUUUGUCUUGUAUAGAUAUGGCGUGCAAGUUUGCAACAGAAUUUUGGGCAUCUUUCCGAGUUCGUGAAACAAAUGUAGAAUUUGUUAACUGGACUCAACAAAUCAAACUGAAGUGUAAUGUAAUAUUCAUGGAACUGUCAAGGACAGAUUAUACUUUCAGGAAACUGGUCCAGCUUUAAUUACUCCCACUAGUUUUGUUUGAUUUGAAGACAGAUAUUGCUCCUCCUGUGAAGGGAGCCCUCUUUAAUAAGUGCCUUAUAUAAGUUACUGUAAGGCUGCCUUUUUUGUUGUACCUCUUUUACGAAUGUUUCGGCAUUACAAAAAUUAGCAUUAAGUGCUAUAUAGAUAUUGCAUUUUUUGUUAUAUGCGAAUGGAAAAGCCCCAUGUCAAGGUCUAACAUUUUUUCUCCUCUUGACUAGUCAACCAUGUAUGGUGGGUUCGGAGACAUGACCAAUUUUUUUUUUUUUACCGGGAGUUAAUUUUAGCAAUGCUGUAUUAUUCAAUAGGUUUGGCAUUUCUUACAACUAUUUCAAUAAAUGAAAAUGGUUACACAUCAACAUGUCUUUUACUGGGGCGAAAAGUUUGGAGUGUUAAAUUCGAAUAUUGGAUUUUGUCAUAAUGUGAUAGUAACAACCUUUAUAAUGGUUAUUCUUAUACCAGUGAAAGCUGGCCUGAAUAAGGGGUGACAACUGUCCCAUACAUUGCAGUACUGAUGGAGAAAGAAUUCAAACCAAUUGCAGUAAUAUAAUUACUAAUCAAAUUAUAGUUUCAUCUCUAUCAUUAAAAAGUAUUAGCUAUCCUGUGUGCCUCAUUCAUUUAUUGUAACCUGUAAUUUAUUCUGUUACAUUCAAAUAAUUGAAUAUUCAUUUUAACAAAAGUCUUUUUUUUUUUACAUUUCUUUAAAUUCCUUUUUGGAUAUUUUUUGCAUUGUGAGAUUAAAUGGAAAUAUUUCAUAUCCUUAUUUUUUUAGUGUUUGUGAAUUUUCAAAAUUUAACAAUAAAUAGAAUCAUGUUCAAGGUAGGUAUUCAGCUUGUAAAGUAUAUUUGGCAUAUAGUGCAUAGCAUGAAAUGCAGAGAAUUUUCAUUACAAUGGAAAUAAUAUUUCCUAUUUUCUUGUUUUUUAGUAUAUUUUUUUUUGCAAGUAAAGGGGAGUAAUAAGGAAUUAAUCAUUGCCACUCUAUGUUUAAAAAAAUAAUUCAUUUUGAUGUUCAUUAUCCAUUUUUGGAUAUUAACCUGGGUCUAGAAAGUUUUCUUCAAAAUACAAUUUGAUAUAGAGAAAAUAUUCUGGAUUAUAAUCAUUCUGAGCCCUUGUUUUGAUGUAAUUUCUCUUAAUGGUUUUAAUACUACUACAUGUACAUCCUUUUUAAAGGAAGUGCCAUUUCAACCCUAAUCCCUAUUUUUCACCUUUAAAGGUCAAGAUGUCUACCUUCAAAGGUCAAGAUAUUUACUGAAAUUUCCCCAUACUCUGAAGUCCGUUUUAACUUGCGCCUUGGCUUAACACUGUGCCAAAAUUGUGGGAAACCCAAAAUUCAAAAUUUUGUUUAUCCUGCACAUUAUACAUGUUAACUGUAGUCUUUCCUCUUGAUUUGAUGGUGAAGAAAGUUAAUUUAUUUAUCAUUUCUAGGUAUCUAUGAAUAGUUAAAUAGCAAUUCCAGACUAAAGUUUGAAUUAAAUGCGAGUUCAGAAUACGGGCCAUAGGCUCUAAAUGUUGCCAUUGCUAGGUCCAGUCAGAUUAGAUCAUUCUUUUCUUUUUUUGUGAAACCCUGUGUGAUGAAAAACAUUCCAUUAAUUACAAAGUAAUGUUCACUAUAACUUUGCUCACAUUGCAGUGUGUAUUGAAAAAUGGUAGUAAAAAUUUAGAGGACUGAUAUUCAAAAGUGCACUGUAAUGUGAAAAAACAGUUAUUGAUAUAUUACUAAUUGUACCUCUGCUCCAACAUCAUACAUGGCUCAAUUUAUUGAAAUGAAAGACAAUUGGUGCAAAUCCAUUUUCCAAGCAUUUGCAAGCAAAACUGAUGAAACGCUCAUUGAUGUCUCGGCUGAGUGAUUUCUUUUUCAUUUUGAAAAGCCCUUCUAGUCUGCUAUGUAAAUGAAUUGCAAAGCCGAAAGGGUUACUUUUCCUACCUAACCAACUGUAAGGAAUCCAUUUUCACUCUUUUCACCAAUUUUACAAAAAUCUGGGGAAAACAAAUCUGUACUUGUUGUUUUCCAGAUCAAUUUGUGUCUUGUGUUGUGUUGGUGAUAAGCAUAGGAAUGUUUCUCUAAUGUCCAAGAAAUACAAAUAAAUCAGAUAAAUAUAUCUUUAUCUUCAACCUUU